AUGUCUGCAUCCAAAGCAUCAGCUAUUAAUACUCAAGAUCUUAUGAAUAGAAUCUUGCAGCUUGAACAGAUUACUGAAAAACAUAGAGAGCAGAACCACAAAUUGAAAAACUAUAAUAAGCAGCUUGAGGCUCAGGUCAUGGCUAUUUUAUUCACUGGACAACAGAAAAAGAAAGAUAAAGUUAAAGUUAAUUCACUGGAAUUCUUCAAGAGUAAACAAGAAAAAUUACAAGCUUUCUUGAGACAACUGCAUAUUUACAUGAAUAUGAAAGGCAAACAACUCAGUAAUAAUAAAGACAAGAUAAUAAUAGCAGCAUUAUAUCUUCACAGAGCAGUAUUUGAUUGGUUUUACAUCUAUCUGUGGAAUUAUUAUAAAAGAGAUGAAGUCAAUCAGGACAACAAUAUACUUAAGAUUAUUGACAGUUAUAAUAUCUUUAUUCAGACAUUGAAAAUCACUUUUGAAGAAGUUGAAGAACAAAACAUAGCAGCCCAGCAGUUAUAUUACAUACAACAAAAGAUAUCACCACAAGAAUAUGCUAUAAGAUUCCAGCAAAUCUGUGUCAACACUGAUUAG